AUGGAAGAAGCCCUAAGGAACUUCCACGGAUCUAACGAGACCGAUCCAAAUCCUUUCACAAGAAGCUUCACCAACACUACAUCUUCACCGGCUAACCGCAAAAAGUCUUCAAAGGAUACAACAGUCACCGUAGCCGGAGCCGGUAGCAGCACGACGAGGUACCGCGGCGUUCGACGGAGACCAUGGGGAAGAUAUGCGGCGGAGAUACGUGACCCGAUAUCCAAGGAAAGACGCUGGCUCGGAACAUUCGACACGGCGGAACAAGCCGCUUGUGCUUACGACUCUGCUGCUCGUACCUUUCGUGGAGCUAAGGCUCGUACUAACUUUGCUUAUCCGACAGCUGUUCUUGUUCCUGACCAAAGAUUCUCUUUCUCUACCAAGAAAUCUUUCCCGUCCGUGCGUUGUCCUCUUCCGUCUCUACCGUUCGAUCAUCACUCUACACAUGAGUUUUACGGUGCACCGGCACAACAGAACAUUAACACUCAGUCAAUCUUCUUACGCGACGCUUCGUGUUCCUCUCGUGUACCGUCGGCGUUUAGGAACUCCUUCAACGGCUCAUCUUCUUCUUACUCUGCACCCAAAACGGCGUCCAUUUCAUCUUCCGAAACCCAAAACUACGAGUCGUUCUUCCCGGAAGAGACCUCUGAUUCUGGUCUAUUACAAGAGGUCGUUCAUGAGUUCUUGAAGAAAAAUCGCAGCACUCCUCCGCCGCCGCCACCAAACCCACCGCCGGUGACCAGCCUUCACGAGAACUCCGGUGAUUUCUCUGCCCUCACUAUCUACUCGGACAACAUGUUUCAAGGGACGAAGGAGCCACUAUCGUCGAAACUAGACCGCUGCGGGAAUUCCCAAGGUAUUGAGGACUCCGGUUAUUUCGACGGCGUGAGCGCCGCCGCAGACGGUGGUUCAACUUACGGAUCAAACGAGUGGGGUUAUCAGGAAAUGUUGAUGUACGGAGCUCAGUUAGGCUGUACUUGCCGGAGAUCGUGGGGCUAG